CCUGGAAAAUAUGCCGCUGAUUUACCGCAUAAAACGGAUUUUAACAUUAAUAAAUUGACACAGAAACAAAUUGGUGACCUAAUUAAUGAAUAUGCUUAUGCUGCAAGCUAUGCUCAGAAAUGUGGUUUCAAUGGUGUGGAGAUUUCAUGCACUUAUUUUUUUGCUCUUGGUCAACUGAUUACAAGCAGUGAUAAUACCCGUAACGAUGAAUUCGGUGGCAAUUUAGAUAAUCGUGCCAAAAUUUUAUUCAAAAUUAUUCAAGCUAUACGAAUGAAAAUCUCUAAACCAAGCCGUUUCGUAAUUGGCCUCAAAUUAUUCUGCGGCAAUUUUGAGCCUGAUUAUAACGAUGAUGAAUUUGGUGAAUUUAUUCAUAACGUUGAGAAAACAGGUUUUGAUUAUAUAGCUAUAACGGGUGGACAGUAUGAUUUGAUCAAAGAUCUAAAACGUGGGGAUGAUCCGAAGAAGUGUGAAUAUUUCUAUCAAAAAUUUGUACUUACAAUGAGAAAACAUUUGACACGAACAAAAUUGUUUAUGAAUGGUGGAUUUGUAACGCUUACGGAAAUAAUUGCUGCAAUCCGUAACGGUUGGGCAGCUGGUGUUUCACUUGCAAGACCUGUAGCUGCUGAACCAGACCUGCCAAAAAAAUUAUUUGCUGGAGAGGUGAAAAGCGCAACGAAAUCAUUAUUUGAACCAAUGGAUUAUUCCGUCGAGAUAAAGUUUGCCGGAUCACAGCUUUGGCAGCAUGGUUAUUCAUUGACUGUAAUGGAUGCAUCAAAUCCUGAUCAUAUCGAACUAUUCAAGAAAGAUUUACAUUUGCAUGAAAAGCAAAAAUUACUUGCUUCGAAUGAUAAUGAAACAGUGAUUGGUUAUCCAAAAACAAUUCUGCAUCCAGAAUUGCUGGAUGAGGAUAUGCUUAAACGAAUUCAACAAUCAAAAGUGAUCGAUUCUACUGUAGCUGCAACAUUAGACGAACAACCAGUAAAAAUUGGAGUAACCACAAAGAUGGAUGAUGAUAUGGAGAGUAUGCUAAUAGAGGAUGAAACACAUCAUAUGAUGAAAAAACAAUUGGAUUAUGGUGCACCGGGUGAUUUGCAGGAAAAUACUGUUGAAGAUUCGAUUCAUAAAGUGGUGAAACGACAUGAAAAUUUAGCUGAUGUUGGUGUGGAUAUAAUUGAGGAAACCAUUGAAAAAGUGAUUGUAACCCAAUCAGAUUUCACGGAACCAACACAACUAAAGCCAACUGAAUCAGAAAAGCAAGAAGUACAAGCUGAUGAUGUCAUCAAAUAUGAUGAUGGAAUUUUGAAUGCAGCUGCGGAAACAGUGGAUGCUAGCUUUAGUGAUGUGAAAACUGUACUGGAAGCUACAUUUAAAGAAGAUCUUAAAAUUGUAGAUGAAGUGGUUAAAGAUAUCAGCGAAGGAUUACGUAAGGAAGAUGAAGAAAUCAGCACUGAAGCGGCAACUGAUAAGGACGAACAACACGAGAAGACUUUGUCUCCUACUCAACAAUCAGAAAUUAAGGGAACAACAGAAGUGAUCUCAGGAUUAUCAGAUGAUGAUAAACCGAUUAUUUCUGGAAUCGUUGAGGAAGUUCGAAAUGCUAAUGAUGAUACAAUGAAACCGAUGGAGGAACAGACUGCGGAACAGGAAAAAAUAGAAAAUACAAUUACUGAAAAUGAGAAACAUCCAAUGAUUGACAGGGAGCCUCCAGUUGGAGAUGAGAAUUAUGCCAUUGAUGAAAAUGUUGUGGAAGAGGUAAUGCGUAAGGAAAUAUAUGAUGGUGUUUCAGCGGAAAUGACGACAUCAUUUAUGGACGAUCCGAUGGCGCAUCAAACUGAAUUGACACCUGGAAAAGGUGAUGAACAGUUUACGGACGCUUCGGGAUUUCAGGACACCGAAGGACAUCAUGAAUUAACAGAAAGUACCGAUAAGGAGCAACAGGAUCAUUCUAAAGACGACACAGUAGGUUAUGCUCCUGAAGGUGUAACGGAAGCUUAUAUUCCAAAAGAAACAACUGAAGAUCAUAUUCCAGAAGGUAUGGAAGAGCAAUUUUUGGAAAAAACUGAUGGAACUGAUACAACGGAAGAUUUAACUGAUAAGCAUUUCCACGAAGAUAUAGGUAGUGAUGUAAAAAGUGGUUCACAAUCAGAAGCAACAAUAUCAAAAGAUAUGACAGCUGAUGAUCAUGAUCAUGUCCAGGAAUAUCCCAUAGUUAAGGAUCAACAUCCGGAAGGCUUACAAGAAGGGGAAGUUGAUCAGGCAGGACUGAAUGAACUAUCAGGUGAAGCAAACCAUUACAACGUAUCAUCAGCAACAUAUUCAACAUUAUUUGGUUCAACGUUAAUGGGCGAAAAUGAGGAGCGUGUUGUAUAUGACGAAUACAACAUUAAACGUUCUGUUCCUGGGCAAUCACCCGAGGAAACUUAUCGCGGUGAAAUUUAUGGAAUUUCCAGUGGUGAAUCAAAGGAUAUGGAAAGUGGUGAACAUAUAUCGAGUGAAAAAGUUGACUUAAAUCAGGUAGAGCCAGAAUUUGAUGCUGACAAAUCUGCAAUGGAUCAUAGUACAGCGACUCAUAGAUUCGGAUUAACUGGCUUUAUUUCAUCAGCUCUACCAGAUUCUGUACAAAAUUUGAUCUCAUCUACGAGAAGUAAAUUUGAUGAGAUGCUCAGUGAAGGAGACGGAAAACAUCAACCGGAUUUGCAAUUCACGAUGAAAACAGAAGAAAUGAUGGGAGAUGAUGGGCGUAAAUAUGAAGUUCAUACUGAGAGCUACACUGUUUCUAAUGCAGAUCAUAGGUUAUCAUCGGAUUUCGGAGAUACCAAAGCAUUUUUAACUGGUGAUUCAGAUAAAUUCAAGGUGGAUGAUGAUAAUUUAACUGGUGGAUCCACUGAUACUCAUCAUUCUGUCGAAACUACUAUCACAACAAUGACGAGCCUGGAUGACAAGGAGCCCAAAAAACAUCGAGAUGGACUGUUUGGAGACAAAAAAAGUACCGAUGAGCUUGAUUUUGAAUUCAUCCAUUAA